UGUGGAAUGUGGAUGAUAAAAAUUAUGGUUGGUCAAUCUUUUUAUAAAACUUGCUUAAAAUUCGUAUAGUUUUCAAUUUAAUAAGAAAUUAAAUCUGAAUUUCCUUCCUUCGAAAUAAGUAAAAAAAUUCUUGAAAAAGCAUGAGUUCCGAAGUCAACUCAAAAGUAACUGGUCCAGUUCAUCACAGAAGUAAAUAUUACAAUGUCAUGGUGAAAGUGGACGACGAUGUGUAUUAUUUAGACAAAUUCCAACUGGCCUGGAAAUCAGACUACUUCGAGAAGUUGUUCGAGUAUUCUGACCAACAAGAAUGCAUUUCGACCAAUUCAAUUACGUUGAUUUAAUAAUGGCUAUGGAUUACUUACAAAUGGAAAUAGAUCGGAGAACCUACGAACGUUUCAUCCGGAAAAAUUGUUGCGCAGAUGAGAAAAUAUUCGAACUAUACAACUUCGUUCGAGAGAAUCCGAAUUUACAGUGGUUGUUUAAGUUAGUUUUAGAAUAUUUAUCUGUUCAUUUGGCAGAUAUGCGAAAUAACAUAGAUUUCUCAUCUAUACCAUUUGGUCACAUUAUGCGGAUAAUUUUAGGCAAAAGAACCUUCAGUUGGGAGUAUACUCCGACUACGAGUAAGAGUAAGAGUGAUGUGCUUAAAGUUUGUCAAGUUUGCUCAGAAUGGAUUUGCACCAGUUUGGAAAAUAGGCUUGCACAUGUAGCAAAGCUCGUCAAUGCUGUUAAACGAAGAUUUCGUUACGUGAAUUAUGAAGUGAAUGAUGACGAUUGUAAUACGGUGUUAUCCGAAAUCGCAGAACAAAUAGAUCCCAAAAUGAUGACGAAACUAUUCUACAAAUUUUUGAUGUACGAUGGAGGCAUACGAGUAAAUCCAGCUCAGAAUCUACAGGAAGAUGAGAGUCUAAUGUACGAGAACAGUCUACUGGAAGAUGAGAGUCUAGUGGAAGAUGAAGAAAGAGAAGCUUGGAUCCGUUCUGAAGAUGAUGGAAAAAAGUUUGCAAAACUUGUAGAAAAUAAUUAUUGUUACGAUGUCGUAGUCAAUGUUGGAGAAAAAACGUAUAAACUUCAUCGAUUUAUAUUGAAUUCAGCGUCCGGCUAUUUCGCUGAAAUUUUUUCCACCAAGCAGUCCAACUCCUCGGACGUUCAAUGUGCAGAAGUAACGACACAGUUACCAAAUAAAAAUGAGACGUAUUCGAUUCAUGACGUUGAUCAAACCACGUUCGACAUGAUCAUCGAAUAUAUCUAUUUCGAUGAAUAUUUCGAUGAAUUGCAAUUAACACUUGAGACUAUAACUCGUAUACUGAGAGCUGCCAAUUUUUUGAAAAUGGAAAAAUUAUUCAAUACUUGUAUAUCUUGGAUAAAGACGCAUAUCGACGAAGUUUGUGCGAAAGUUUUAAUCAUCGAUGAAUAUAUGUCUAUGUCGUGGAUAAAAGACAACAUUGAAGAAAUUGUUUCAAGAUUUCUAACCAUACCUGAUACAGAGAAUACAUUGCCUAUAUGUUCAUUUACUUUCGAUAUGUUGGAAUAUUUACUUAUGUCCUCGACGUACUGCUGCGAUAAUCCGCAUCAAAUUGUAGACGCAUGUUCGAAAUGGAUUUUCCACGAUGUAAAAAAUCGAUAUCAUCUGAUACCACAAAUCGCCCUUGCUAUUAAUCGCAAUCUUCAUUACAAUAAAAUCGAACCUUCUACAGAUUUAAUAAACUGCUCAUCGGAGCAAACAAUUCUAGACGAAUUAUGGAAGACUUUAAAUCAUACUUCAUUGAUACUUUCGGUUUCCACUGAGAAAACCCCGAACGUUGGUAAACAGAAAUGGAAAGAAAUACCCGUUUUUGUCGCAGUAUCCGAGAGAACAACUACAAUUCAUGUUUUGAAUGCUGAUUUAGAGGAAAUCGCCUCAUUGCGUCUUUCAAAUUCAGAUGUUUAUCAAUUUACCGCGACUUUAAUGGAUGAUAAUUUAUUCAUUAUGUUAUGUUUAGAUUGUGAUUAUUUUCGGUUUGGUGUAUAUAAGUUAUCUUUGAAAAAAUUCAUCUCUUUGAAUAACUGUCUAGAAUUGGAAAAACCAAGCAAAUGCUAUCGGAGUACGAAUACGAGCUCGCUGUUGAAUUGUCGAGGUCAAGUUUACUGUUGUUUCAAAGACGGCUAUGUAUUGAAGUAUUCGAUCGAAUUGAAUCGUUGGAUGAAGUUUUCGGAGAAGCCGGUGUUUUUUGAUAAAUACUUGAAGGAUAAAUACGUAUGGUUUACAAGCGAUGGAGAUAAGUUGUACAGGUCGUAUCGUAACUGGAUUCCUGUAAGUCAGAAUCGGUCGGCUUUAAGACAUGUUGUGGAAGAAUUCGAUUUUCAACAAAACGUAUGGUUGACUUUGUCAGGUAAGUCAUUUUCUGGAACGUGUUCCAAAGUGAAACAUUUUACCAUCAUUCAAGGUGGCGAACUUGCUGUGAUAUUUGGAUCAUUCUGCAUGUCAUUGAACCGAAACUUAGGACACUGGCGUAUGUUCCCACGUCCCAGCAAUUCUGCCCCUGAUAGUGAGAAAUCUAUCCUGUUGACCCAGUGUGAAGAUAGACUUUUACAUGUGCUCGAUGAUAAACUCUAUCAAUGGUCUGAAAAAAUUCACAAGUGGCAGUUUAUAAAAGAAUUACCAUCGAAAUCUAUAUCAUCCGUUGGUGUAGAAAAUUUUAGACCAUUAUAUAACCGCAUUAGUACCGUUCAUAGGGUCAAUGUUUGCACAGAUUAAUGUAAUGCAUCGAUUACCUAAUUAUACCUAGUCAAUUAUUAUUUUUUUAUUAUUGAUAAUUGUGAUAAGACUGACGUAAUUAAAAGUAAUUAUUCUG